AUGGUGACUAUUGCUGAGUCGCCAUGUUCAUUGCAAACAGUCACAACAACAAAUAUUACAUGUGAGACUGGUAGUUAUCAAUAUAAAAGUGUACGAGCCCAAGUCAAGGUAUUCGUCAAUGGUAGUGGCUAUGCAAUCAGUUCAGUUGAUUUUCAAUACAUUGAUCUUUGGUCGAGUCCAUGGACAUGGGGUGGUAAUGAGCCACCAGAAGCUGGCACACUUGUGGUAAUUGAAAACUAUGUGACUAUCUAUUUGGAUAUCAAGACACCUAUUCUGAAAGUACUUGUUAUUGACAAUUCCACAUUAAUUUUCGACGAUUCACAAGAUGUUGCUUUGAAUGUUGAGUAUAUUGUCAUCGUCAACGGUGGUCAUCUUCAAGUCGGAACAGAAUCAACUCCAUUUCAACAUCGUGGUAUUAUCACUAUGUAUGGACACUUGCGAUCGAUCGAAUUACCUAUUUUUGGUGCCAAAGUGUUGGCUUUGCGUGAGGGAACAGUGGACAUGCACGGAAUGCCUACUGUUCGAACUUGGACACAACUUGGAACGACAGCUAGUAAUGGUUCAACAACAAUUACUCUUCUUCAACCUAUCGAUUGGAAUGUUGAUAGUCAAAUCGUUAUCGCAACUACGGGUGAUCGUUUCAGUCAGAAAGAAAGUGAAAUCCGGCGAAUUGUGAAUAUCUCAUCGGAUGGACUUACAUUAACCUUGGACAUACCAUUGAAAUAUACCCAUUUGGGCGUUAUACAAACGUUGAAUUCAACAACCAUCGAAAUUCGCGGUGAAGUUGGUCUUCUUUCGCACAAUGUCGUCUUCCAAGGUUCAAUUACCGAAACAUGGGAUGAAACCAUAGAAGAAUGUCCGGCUGGAUUCAAUCCGGUAGCUGGUAUCACCCAUUAUGGUUAUUGGUAUCGAUUGAGUAAUAAAACUGAAGGACUUUCACUUCUCACAAAUCCCAACUAUUGUCCUAAUCGACAGCCUUUCGGUCGCUUCUACAAUAAUAGUGUACACAGUACAGGUCGAUUUGGAGUCUGGAUCUAUCCUGAAUAUGCUCCCACUAUCUCAGGUGAUUGUAACGAUAUGCAACCGUCACAAGCGAUACUCGAAGGCUUGGUAUCGUGGAAAAAUAAUAAAGGCAUUGAGCUAGUCAUGACUCGCACAACACAAAUCAAGAAUGCAGUAGUCUUUGACAAUGCGGAUAUAGGUGUCGCCUACAUCACAGCUGUUGGCCAUCAAGAAACCAAUCCACCGUAUCUGCGCGCAACAUUCUAUGAUACUGAUAAUGGCUCAUCAGUGAUUGAUAGUAUAAUUAUCGGCGAUGCGGGUAUCUCCUCCACGCCAAUUGUACCAUCCACUGCAGGUCUUGUAGUCAUGUGGGACCGUGGUCUUCAUGUUCGCAAUGUUGCUUUUAUCAAUUUUCCAAGCAAUGAGACACGUGCUAUAGUCGGACCGAUCAUCCUUGGCCGAUGUACUGAUCGUUGUGGAGGUUGGCUAACAAAGUUCUCCAACAUGUCCUUUAUAAAUGUUUCUAUUCGUGGCAAAUUUCGAUGGGAAUACGAUGCUCUAUAUCAUGAUGAGGAUGGUACUUUGGGUGGACAAUCCGAUUCAGUAAUAAUGGCACCCGAUGGCAUCACAAAUGCAUCAUCGACAUGCACACUAGUACCCAACUUCGAAAAUGCUAUUCAAUGUCCUCUAUCAGAAGUUGAAAACCCAUCAACAGCUAAUACAAGCAUCGAUAUAGAAAUAUCAUUUCAAGUUUACACAUGUCCGUGCAACAACUGUGGAUGCCCAACAACUACAACUACAACGGCCACCACAGCUACAACAACAACGGAGACAACGACAACGACUACAUCAGCUACAACGACAACGACAACAUCAGCUACAACAACUACGACAACAUCAGCUACAACAACCACAGCUACAACAGCCACAACAACCACAGCUACAACAGCCACUACAACUACAGAGACAACAGCCACAUCUACUAUUUAUCUACCCCCAAUACAACCCGUUGAUGAAUUACCAUCAAAUCCGCAACUGGGAGGUAAUUAUGUAAUGUAUGUUGAUAGCAUCUUCAUUAAUGGUGGCCGAUUGAUUGCUGGUAAAUAUCUUAGCGCUGAAGAAAUGGUAGUCAUUUUUUGUGAAUUUCUGACAGGUUUACCCAACGCUCCAUUCAAUGGUAGUGUCGAUAUUAUUUUGAGAUAUACUGGUCCAGUUACUAUGCAAUUGCCUUGGAAUUUCCCUGUGAAAGAGUCACGAACUAUUGGCGUUCUGGGUGGCCUUGAUUUACAUGGUAGGUCACGUGGAAUUACUUGGACACGUCUUGCUGUGACCGCUAUGUCGGGUCAAACUGUCAUAAUCUUGCGCGAACCAGUCAGUUGGGUUGUCGGCGAUGAAAUUAUCAUAACAACCACAGAUACAAGCAUUUCUCACACUGAACGACAUCGCAUCAUCAAUAUUGAAAAUGCGACGAUAAUACAUACUGAAGUACCAUUAGCAUAUAGUCAUCUCGUUAUUCAACAUGCAUUAGCUAAUGGACAAACGAUUAGUGUGGCCGCUGCAGUUGGAUUAUUGACACGUAACAUACGCGUAAUUAAUCAAUACCAAGGAUCUAGUCUAUCUGGAUUCCGAAUUUUGAUCACUGACUAUCGAACAGAUGUGUUACAUAUUUACUCCAAUACCAUGUACAAUGCAUACUAUAAAGGUUAUGCUCGAUUAUCGAAUACGCAAUUUAUCGGCUUCGGACAGUUGAAUGAUGGUUAUUAUAGUGAUCAGCAAUCAGGUAUUUAUAUAAAUCAUCUCGGUGAUUAUAAUUCAAGCAGAGCUACUUUCAUCGAUGCUUGUUCGUUCGAUGGUGGAUUUAAUGCAGCUAUUGGUAUGCGGACCACGAAUGGUAUACCAAUUACAAACAAUGUUAUAUACAACACAUAUCGAUCAGGCAUUGUUGUGACUGGAAUGAACAAUGUCGUUCAAAAUAAUCUCGUCACAACUGUCUACUGGGUGGGUACAGGCCAAGAUCCAUCAGUUGCCCAAUUUAGUUCGAAUUAUGAUGGUGCAAUUAUGGCUCGUGAUGCUAUCAGUAAUAAUUUGGUUGCCGGCGUUGAACGUUUGGCCUAUCGUAUCCCUGGUGAAUCAUGUGGAGGUCAAGAUAUUUAUAUUCCACCGAAUAUAAUCAAUGAAUAUUCGAACAAUGAAGCACAUUCGGCCAUGUCCGGCGUCAACCUUUGGCCGUCAGACAAAGGACAUACACGUUUUCGCUUGCUCAAUGCUGAUUCUACAAUAAAAUGUGUUUUGGCUCUUCACUACGAUUCAUUACAACAAAUCGAUGUCUAUGCCAACACGAUGUACAUACCGCCAACUAAUAGAGAUCUUCGAGCGCCUGGUCUCAUGUUACUUGAUCAACCAAAUAAUGUCACAUUAUUGUCACCACCUGGAAGCAACUACUUUGAUAGUCGUAUUCGUCGUCAAGCAUCGUCUGUUUUGUUACCCAUAAAAUUGCAGAUUGAACUGCGGGAUGAACCUCGCACCAGUUCGAUUGCCUCGACUGGAAUUCGAGCAGAAAUUCUAUCGAAUAUUGCUUCGACUAUCAUCAAUCGUUAUCAAGCAGGUGAAUUACAAGUGGCAUGGAGAAAUCUCAAUGUAACAAAUGGUAGUUUCCCAUCUGUCUUGAGUACACAAGAACCAUUUGAUAACUCAUCAGUUGAACUGAGUAUCAUCAAUCGACUUUUACUUGUCUUGCCACCGAGAGACUGCCGGCAGCAGAGUCCGUGUACGUUUCAACCAGUGCUCGUAGCAUACGAUGUAGCAGGAAAUGUCAUUCAAAAGUUAGGCUCAAACGAGCGACCAUGGCAAGUGAAAGCUACUGUCGUAGGUCGGCCAAAUCUAAUUUUGCCGGGUGGUACAGCCAAUUAUUCUGAUGGACAAACACAGUACAUUCUAUUCGGUCUUCCAGAUAUCGGUACUCAACAAGUUCAAUUUACUCUGAUUCAACCAGAUGGUGUUAACAGUUCAUUCUUAGCGACAACAAACCUGAGUGUUCAAGCUGCGUCUGUCUCUGUGACACAAGCAGUUCUAGCUGGUCAGCAAGUGAAAAAUGUCUAUGUUGUCAAUGUCAAUGAAACAUUUAGUAUCGCUGUCAUGCCAGUUGAUAGUGUUACUCAACUACGUCUCGGACAAAUUCAAUGGGGAAGUAGUGUGGGCGCGAUUGUUCAGGUCGACUCAGAAAAUACAAAUAUAUCAAAAGCAGUAACAAGCAUGUUAGCGGAUCCAAAUGCCAUACCGCGUUUAAGUCUUAUAAUGGUAAAUAUCAAUGGUCGUUCGUACUCGCGCUCGUCUUCGUCGAGUAAUGAUGCAGCGAGUAAUGCCGAUAAUUCGAAUAGUAACACCUUAAUUGUCGGUCUCGUGGUUGGUCUAGUUGGUGGUCUAUUACUUGUAAUCGGCGUCGUUUGGGGUUAUAAAGCACGUGAACGAAUGCUUACUCGUCAUCGUCUUGGAGUAGGAGAAACCGAUGAAGACAGACUGACAGGAAUUGAUGAAAAUUGUGUCGCAUCACCGAGACUUGAUAAACCCAUAAGUGUACCAAAUUUGGAACCAAUUGAGUUCUCUCGAGUGUCUACUAUCCCACCGCCAUCCAAUGGAAUGCAUUCGACUCAACUCUUCAAUCAAGCCGAACUGCAGUCGGCUGCAUGUAAUCUUAACUUGCAUAAUUUCAACAAAGCUGAGGAGUUAGUUCCAUCGUCCGCAAUAGAAUUGAUUGCAUUCGAUUGA